AAAUCAGGCGGAGUCGGAUUGGCGGAUCACGAGGUCCAUGACCAUAUCCAUACCCAUACCCAUACCUCACGUGUCUCUACAGUUCAAUUUGAGAAGAAAGGGAUCUGUGAAUUUGGGAAAAUGAUCGGCAGUUCUCGUAAAUGGGCUUAUAUGCGGAUCAUCGCCGGCACCAUCGUGGGCGGCGUUCUUGGCUUCUAUGUAAUGCACCGCGUUGAACUGGGCUAUAAGGAGAAGAUGAAAGAGAGGUUAAAACAAUACGAAAACGAACUGAAGAAGAAAGAGCAAAUGAAAGAACUUGAAGACUCGCUAUAGUGUGAGUGUCGUACAUUUGUCUUAGUUGGAUGUUCUGAUUUUACAGAGCCAAGAUUGAAGUUCGAGUGUUUUCUGCAUCGACUUUAGAAAUUGACAGCAUAAGAACACUCCAACUUGUUGCCUAAAACAUUCCAUAUCAAUUAGGGCACUGGAGUAUAGAACUGGAUUUGGAAAUGAAGUAGUGUAGGCUGAAAAGAAGAGAAUUGGGUUGAAAUUUUGUUUCUCAUGUCUAAAAUUUUUUCAUUGAUUAGCGGCCUAUGUGUUUUGUUAUGUGGUUACUGAUUAGUUUAUGAUUGAUUCCUUUGGACUUCCCAUAUGAUUAAUGUCAAGCCCUUUACCUUGCUGUCUUUUGUGCUUA